CAUGUAUAUGUGGGGGGAGGGGCUUGCAUCCUCAUGGUGUGAGCAUCGCUGCUGUCGUUGGUUCUUCACUCUCUCCUGCUAUCUAUCUGCCUCUCCACACGUGCAGACUACCAGCAGUUGUCAACCUCUCCUCGUCUCAGACGCUGCUUUCCUCGGGACAUCCUGCCACUAACAGCAUUCUUACAAAGACCAUCUCCGGGUUGGACAUACAGUGACAUUUGACUACUGGUACUUUCACAAGGGUUAUCUUGACCAUCCACAUCCAUCAUCCCUUUAUUUAGUAUUGCUUGGAAGUGCUUUACCCACCCUCUUCACUGAUUUGGUCCACUACAGGCUGUCUUCUGUUUCUCCUCAUCACCUCCCAGAAGGCCUUUUGUUUGGUGACUGCAUUUUCUAAAGACUUGAUUUUUAAAGGUGGAUACAAUGCUGCGAUUCUUUAUAUUUCUACUCUCACUCUCUCCUUUCGUGUUGACGGAGAAGACAGGAAGUUGCAAAGGCGCAGACUGUGUGCCAAAGACUUGGCACAAUGUAAGAUGCUCGACUAAGGACGACUGCGAUGCGCACCACGCCGCGUGCUACAAGCAACUCUGUCGGUGUGAAGACGGGUACUUCUACACCACACAGGACACAUGUACUAGCAGUGAGUAGACAAUGGGUCUGUCCGUCUGUGUGGUGUGAUUGACAGCAACAAACUCCACUUUGUUGUCGGCUUGUUACAGUUAGGGACGGAAGAGAUUUUGUAUGAUUUUUGCAUUCUUAAAAGAAUAACUUGUAAAACAACAUAAAGAGUGAAUCGGAGAGUUGCUUUGUAUGGAAAAGCCAAGGUCGCUGACGUCACGCUUCCGUUUUUUUGUUUUUUUUUUUUCCUUUCACUGAGACGUUGAGGAAAAAAAUCAGCCACCCGGCCACCCCUCCACGGUAGAUAAGCGAUAACUGUAACUUUCCCGUUACCCCCCUUUGUAGAUGGUAUCCACUGGCGAAACUUUCCAGUCUCGCUCACUGACAAAGUUAACAAGGUUAGUCAAUCUGUCGUUUAUUUGUGUGUGUGUGUGUGUGUGUUAUAUGCUUUUGUGACCCUCACUGUAACAUUACUUUAUCUUAGUACAUGAUUACUUGCCUGAGAUCUUAUAUUUUCUUCUCUCCCGUCUCUCUCUCUCUGUCCUAGUCCCGUAGCCUAUCGAGGGUAACGAAGGAAGGUAGUUGUAUGUCGAAAGCUCCGUGAGUGUGCAGAUAUUUUUUCUUGACUGUAAACUCAACAGAAAGCGGUCGACAUUUCAAAGAAGAAUUUUCACAUAAAUGACCCAUGCUUACUCAGGUAGAACCCAAGACUACAUCGUGGGUAUAAAAGCGAGAACACUCGCGCUUUACUGAGACUAGCAAAGAAAAGAAAAUGUUUUGCCCGACUUGGAUCGCUAGGUAUCUCCAAACCCAUGGCUAGACCGCUGGGGUACACUUAUCCCCCUGUGGUUAUCUCGGUUCAUUUUGCAAUCACUCUGGAAUGUCUGCGCCCGCUGCACUCGGGUCGUCUGCACUUUACACACCCAGCUCUGUCCCAGUCAUGUCUGCCUGCACUUGUCUUACAUUCUCACACCACUCCAACCCCUUUCCUGUUUGCUGAAAGGUCACCCACGGUGACCUAACCUUUGCUGCUCGUGUAACUACCUAUCGAACUGCACGAGAGCUAAAUUCGCUGACACACUGUUAGUGGGCAGAUAACAGACUCUCAAUCUUUGUCUGUGAUGAAGAUUUUUCAAAACAUUCUCCCCCUCUCCCAUACCUUCUCCUAGACCCUCCCCCACCCAGAGUCAAUCGUGCAGGUCGUCUGUGGUGUGGGGACAACUCGUCCUGUAAAGUGAGGUGCCACCCUGGGUUGACUCUGGGACGAGUUUCCUGCCAUGUAGAGAAUAUCACAGAAGGGACCGUUAGUGUUUCACACCUCACCUCCUCCCGUUAGCAGCUGUACCCCGCUGUGCCACUCCUCGCGAUCUUCACAAGCAAGAAAAUUGUUUCCAGUAUUUCAGCUUUGGACCAGAGGUACAUUGAGGUCCACGAUGACGACUGCUGGCGGUGGCCAUGUCGUGCUGUUGUUGCUGCUGUUUCUCAGCAUCCACACCGAAACAGACGCCGCAGAAGCUCUGUCUUACGUCCAGCGCCUGGAACUGGCGUCUCGUCUCACUAGGGGUGCCACCGCGGAUCCCGCCAGUCUCGUCACAGCCCCGGAUGUAGAGAAGCUGUUGACUCUGUCCAGCGCCACCGUCCAGCAGGCCGUGCUGACCUCCGCCAAUACCUUGUCGUCGUCGUCGAGUGACGUGGCGAGCGGGGCGGAGGUGUGUGCCAACGACACCAUCGCCACCAUCAUGGCGCUGACACAGAGACAGAUGUGGGCCGUGCGGAUGGUGGAUGCUGCCGGCAAACCCAUACCAGACAUACUGGACGGCAACUUCAUCUGGCUCGGCGCCUACGACCUGUGCUUCUCCAUCCGCUCUGAUGUCACAGGGAACAAGUCGAGUCAGUUCUCCGGCCAGUACUGCACGGCCACUGUGCCACUUCCGGUUACAUCUCAAGGCGUAUUCGGCCCCCCGGUCCUCUCUGUGGGGCUGUGUGUCCCCAACUCCUGCUCCUCCUCUGACAUCACCUUGAUUCUGACAGAUGUCCUUGCGCUUCUAAACACCUCACUGAGCGUGCAGGUCACGUGUCCAGAGAAAACCAAGCCUCUGGAUGUCAAGGCCAAGGUCGCCAUCGCCAUCUGCAGUGUGUUGCUGGCCUUGAUGGUAGUCGGGACUGUGGUGGACGUUGUCUUCAUUCAGAUGCCCAAAUGGUGGCCCCAGGACAAACUGGAUUUCGCCGCCAACGGUGCAGCUGGUCCUGAUGAGCAUCAGCCGCUCCUGCAAAGCCAACAGACCAAAGCCAGUGUUCCCAGACUCGGUGUUACCAUUAUGCUCCUCGUUGCCUUCUCCAUCUACACCAACGGUUCCAAGUUGCUGUCCACCCACCAGCCACCCGGCAGUCUCACCUGCAUCCACGGCAUCCGCUUCCUGAGCAUGACCUGGGUCGUCCUGGGUCACAGCUUCAUGUUUCCACUGUCCGCUGCAGAAAAUGUUGGAAGAUUCUUGCCAACCGCCAUCAAGCGCUGGACUUUUCAGGGAAUCGUCAACGCCACUGUGUCCGUCGACAGUUUCUUCGCCAUCAGCGGUCUGCUGGUGGCCUACCUCACCCUGAAAGAACUGAGGAAGAACAGCGGGAAACUAAACUGGUUUAUGUUUUACUUUCACAGAUUUUGGAGACUGACUCCAGCGUACAUGCUGGUCAUCAUGGUCUACUCAUGUCUGUCCUCUUACUGGGGUGACGGACCCUUGUGGCCAUCAGCCCUUCCUGACAGGGAUAAGUGCAGCGAGAAGUGGUGGACCAACCUGCUGUACAUCAACAAUCUGAUGAGCUUCACAGAGACAUGUCUUGCUCAGUCCUGGUACCUGGCCAAUGACAUGCAGUUUUAUAUUCUCAGCCCGCUCAUUUUCUUACCUUUAUUCUACUCCCCACUGCUGGGGCUCGGCUCGGCGGCGGUGUUCAUUCUAGUGUCGGCCCUUACUCCUGGCAUCUUGACCAUGAGGGACAACCUUCCUCCGAGUUUUACUGCUCAAGUUGAAGGCAUCAGUGUAAAUUUAUCGGACUACAUGGACUUCUACAACAAACCCUACAACAGAAUGGGUCCUUACGCCGUGGGAAUGGUGGCCGGCUACAUCCUGUACCGCACGGACUGCAGGUUGAAAAUCAACAAGGUCAUCAACCUGUGCGCAUGGGCAGUGGCGACUGGCUGCGCCCUCACCGUGUUGUACGGUCUGCACGGGGCGUCCACCGGGUCCCCCGUGACCUUAGCGACCUCCGCCUUCUACAACGCCGUCAACCGUCACGUGUGGGGGGCCUGCGUGUGCUGGGUGGUGGUGGCUUGCGUCACCGGAAACGGAGGUUUCGUCAACACCAUCCUCUCCUGGUCAGCCUUUGUGCCCCUCAGUCGUCUGACCUACUGCAUCUACUUGUUACACAUCAUGAUCAUCGAGCUUUACAUUCAGGAUUCAGAUACAACUUUUUAUGCGAACGAUGUCAAUAUGGUGAUGCUUUUCCUCUCGGUUCUGGUCGUCUCCUACAUGGCGGCUGUAGUCGCUUCUCUAAGUUUCGAGGCGCCCAUGAUGGGGCUGGAGAGGGUUCUACUCCGCCGCGAGAAGCAAGAAAAGGCCGGCAUGGCAGACGUCCAGAGUAAGUGAGUUCGCUGACUCACUGCUCACUGACUCGCUGCUCACUUGAAACCUGGAGUCAGUCCACACAACAAGAAGGAACAAACGAACAGAUGAGAUUCAAUCAGAGAUGUAAAAAUUGGCGAUAAAGUUUCUUUUUUGCUGUACAUACAAGCUUCAAGGUGGAACCAAACUGCACAGAUCUUCUUGUAUCAUCAUCAUCAUCAUCAUCAUCAUCAUCAUCAUCAUCAUCAUCAUCAUCGUCGUCGUCGCCAUACUUUUCCAUGACGACCAUUGUCACAAUUCACCAUUGCCGUAAGGCUAGUCCAUGUUAUCAUUAUCUCGGAAUUCAUCUCUUUAACUUCUCUCAUGCAAAUCAAUUGAAGAAUAAGGAUGACCACUCUGCUCCCUCAACUGGAGAUCCUGUUUAUUUAUGUAGAUAUAUAUAAAUAUUGUUGCUACGACCAUCGUUAAUUGAAUUCCAUCGGUGUACGGACACACAUGACAGACCAUAACCACUGUACCUGUGAUCUUUGCUGAACACUUGUACUCAUAGAAACAUAAUGAAUAUGUGAUAUGUGAUCCUUUACUGUACCCUGUAAUUACCCUGUAAUGUCGGGUUACAGGUCACAGAACAUAGUGGAUUGGUCAUUGCGUUUUCUGGUGACAAUGUGUCAUGACAUGUUUUUUUCAAUAAUGAUUCAGGCACUGGUAAAAUCGAACCCAGGGCUAUAGAUACAUUCACAAGUCCACAAGUUUCAAUGUGUUGUUUCUUGGCAUCGUUGACAAAGAUUCUCAUUAUUUUGUUAUUGGACAGAGCUGCAAUCUUCGAUUAAUAUUUUUUUUAUUUAAUUAAAAAAACAAUUCUG